AUGGUCGAGCGUUUUCACCAGCAACUGAAAGUGCCAUGGCAGCCCAGAUCAGCCUUCAAAGCUGAUCUGCAGUUCACACCGGCAGAGCUGACUUUCGAUCGCAUAUUGCGUCUCCCAGGAGAAAUGGUGGCACCGACCCCACCUACCGACUUCAACUACGGUGACUAUGCAGCUCAUUUAGUACAUCGCAUGCUACAGUUGCAUAUUCAACCAUCUCGCCAGCAAACAACCCUAGCCUACCUCUCCCCCAGAUUAGCCGAAAGCUCUCAUAUUUUGCUCAGGGCAGAGGUUCGCGCACCACUGCAACCUCAAUACAGCGGCCCACAUAAGGUACUGCGACGCUUGAAGAAAGCCUACGUAAUAGAGCGCAACGGUAAACGUGAGAUCAUCAGUAUUGACCGGAUUAAAUCUGCGCACUUGGGGGAAACCGAUCCUUGCACUAAUCAUCCUCCACCCGUUGCGCCACCCGUAAUUCCCGUGUCAAUAAGUCCUGCUCCCUCCACUCCGGUAAACCCCGCGACACCCUUGGAGCAGGCACCUGAUCCAGACCCACCCCAUCAGAUCACUAGUCCCUGA